UCAAUUAGAAUUUUAGAAAUAAUUUUGUGAUCUGAUUAUAUGGGAGAUGAUGAGAGUCAUGCAAAUGCUCCUACCACCACAAACCCAGAAAGCCCUUGCCUAAAAUCCAGCAGCGGCAGCGGCAGCAACAGCAUCAACAAGGAGCAAGAUCGGUUUCUUCCCAUCGCCAACGUCGGGCGAAUCAUGAAAAAGGUCAUUCCUGGGAACGGGAAAAUCUCAAAAGACGCUAAAGAGACGGUGCAAGAAUGCGUAUCCGAAUUCAUUAGCUUUGUUACUGGAGAAGCAUCCGAUAAAUGCCAACGAGAAAAGAGGAAGACUAUCAAUGGCGAAGAUAUCAUAUGGGCCAUCACAACUCUAGGGUUUGAGGAUUACGUAUCUCCACUUAAACAGUAUCUCAGCAAGUACAGAGAGAUUGAAGGGGAAAAGCUCAAUAUUCCAAAGCAACAUCGUUCCGAGCAAAGGCUACAACAACAGGAACAAGAACAAAAUUUACCAUACGCUAGUGUAUAUUCUUCCACAACUCUCAUCUCUCAGCCUCCUUUUGUGGCUGCUGAUCAGCCAUUUCCUUUGCCUUUCUCUGCAGAUUCAAUUCAAAAACAAUUACACCAACAAGAACACUUUGAUUCGGGGGGUCGUUGGUGACCAUAGAAAAACAAAAACAAAAAGCAAAAAUCUCUUACAUUCUUGUUAUAUAUUCGUGUUAGUAAAAAUAAGAUAAAUGAAGAACAAUCACACCAUGUUUGGCAUCCUUACCACCUAUAUAUAUGCUUGGAGUGUUGUUCCAAAUUUUAGAAUAUAUAGGAAAUUUAGCUACUGAUAAUUGUUUGGCAGUAGGAGAUGAGUUUUAAUAAAGAGUUCUAGCCAAACUUCAUAUUUUUGUGGUGAUUCCCUAGUCUUUUGGUGUGUGUAUUCACACAUAGGCGCAUAAUCAUACUCCAGUAUCGAUAUCAAUUUUGUAUCGAUGUCAAUUAUCAAAGAUGGUCUAACCAACC